AUGAAUACCAACACGUCUUCCGGUACCCCCAGUGGUAACCAACCCCCAAUAAUCAACCCCACCCUGAUAGAUACUACCGAAAAAUCUGAGCCCACCAUUCAAGAGCUAUUUGCCAAUAUGUCCGCCAUGAUGGCAAAAAAUUCAGAAAUGUUUGAUAGGAAAUUAGAUCAGAAUACUGAAAAAAUAAACAAAUCCUUAUCCAUACAAAUUCAAGCGUUAGGACAACAACACGAGGAUACCGUUAACCGCGUCGUAUCUGUCGAAAAGGUGGUUCGUGAGUUACAAAAUUCUAUCUCCCCACUUGCGACCAAAUUGUCCAUCGUCGAAAAUGAGUUAGAUAAAUUUAAAAAUGUUAAUAACACCUCGAGUAAUUCUUUCUCUACAGUAGGUUUUCAACCACAAUCGAACUCUACUGCGGCACUAAAUGCUCCAUCGGUUUUAACUGCAUCUAUGAUGCAACCUGAGCGAAUAGGAGACAUGGUUUCCCAGUUCACGAGUGACCCGAACGAUAUACACCCCGAGAUGUUCUUGAUACAACUAGAACAGUAUUUUUCAAGUUAUCUUUUAUCUGACGAACAAAAAAUUGGUUUGUUUAGGCGUCGUUUAAGUCAUAAUGCUCGAACCGGGUUUGAUUAUUUGAUGCCUGUCCCUAAUACGUAUAAUGAACUUAUACAUUUUUUUCGUCAACACUACUGGUCAUCAUCCACUCAAAGGAAGGUCCGACAUGAAAUAUUUGCUCCGUACCAACAUAGGGCACCCACCGGUAUCGUCACCCAUGCAAUGAGGUGGAUUGCGAAAGCCAAAUUUCUUUCUGCUCCUAUCGAACCUUACGAUUUAGUAGGCAUAAUAAUCCAACAUUACCCAAGUCCAUUAAGUAUAGCUAUUCGAGGGCGCAACCCUAGGACCACCCAGGAACUACUUACCGUACUUACGGAAAUGGAAGAGUCUACAUCAUUCUACAAUUCUACUCCCACCUAUCAAUCUGAAAUUUGA